AUGGCCAUGUUUCUUCUCUACGCACCCAUAUUAGCAUCAUUCCUCUGCUCCCUAUACCUGUUCCAUCGCAGAAAACAUUGCACACACCCCCUUUUGAAAGAUUACUUCAUCCUCGGCAUGCUUCCACCGGUGAUCUUCAACCUGUGGAGGAUCCAUGAUUUCAUCACCGAGGUUCUGAAGCUUCGUGGCGGCACUGGGGAGUUCAAAGGGCCAUGGUUCACCAAAAUGAACUAUUUGAUCACUUGCGACUCGCUCAACGUGCAGCACAUGCUGUGCAAGCGAUUCGACAACUACAUCAAGGGACCCGAGUUUCGUGAGAUUUUCGAACCCUUCGGAGAUGGCGUUGUCACUGCGGAUUCAGAUACAUGGAAGUACUUCAGAACCGUUCUCCAUUCCUUGAUCAAACAGAGAAGGUUCGAGGUGUUUGUUGAUCAAACCGUUCAGAAGAAGGUGUACACAACCCUGAUCCCGAUACUGGAUCAUGCACAACAAGAAAAAAGAGUGGUGGAUCUUCAAGACAUCUUCAACCGGUUCACAUUCGACAACAUAUGCUCCACAAUCGUAGGACACGAUCCUAAGUGUCUUUCGUUCGACUUUCCCGAGGUUGCAAUCGAAAAGGCUUUCAACGAGUCUGAAGAAUCGAUAUUCUACAGACACGUGGUGCCGGGGAGUGUUUGGAAGUUCCAAAAAUGGCUCCAGAUUGGUCAGGAGAAGAAGAUGACAGAAGCAUGCAGAACGUUUGAUGAGUUCAUAUAUUCAUGCAUAGCGUCCAAGCGAGAAGAGUUAAGCAAGUGCACAGAAGAAGAAACGAAUGAAGCUCCAUUUGAUCUUCUAACAGCUUUGAUCACAGAAGAGAGAGGACGUGUUCAUGAUGACAAGUUUCUGAGAGAUGCUGCGUUUAACUUCUUUGUGGCGGGGAGAGAAACCAUGACUUCAGCUCUUACAUGGUUCUUUUGGCUUGUUUCCAAACACCCUUUGGUGGAAGCCAAGAUUCUUGAAGAGAUCAGAGAUCAUUUUAAGAGAAAUGAAAAGAAAAACUAUGACACGGUCCAUUAUGUUGUUCGUCAAAACCAUGACCAAGAAAAUUAUCUGAAGCAAUAUCUAUCGGGGGAAGUUUUAGGCAUGGAGGAAGUGAAAAAGCUGGUUUAUCUGCAUGGUGCGUUGUGUGAAGCUCUGAGACUUUUCCCUCCGGUUCCUAUUGAACGGAAGCAAGCAGUGAAAGCUGAUGUUCUUCCAAGUGGGCAUGGAGUGAAUGCGGAUACAAUGAUAAUGUUUUCUCUGUAUGCAAUGGGAAGGAGUGAAGAGAUAUGGGGAAAAGAUUGUUUGGAGUUCAAACCUGAGAGGUGGAUAUCUGAGAGAGGAGAAAUUGCUUAUGCACCAGCUUACAAAUUCAUUGCUUUCAAUGCAGGACCAAGAAUCUGUUUGGGAAAAGACCUGGCCUUUGUUCAGAUGAAAAUGGUAGCUGCUGCUAUUUUGAACAAGUACUGUUUCAAAGUGGUGGAGGGUCAUGUUGCAACUCCAACACAUUCGAUUGUUCUUCUCAUGAAGAACGGUUUGGAGGCUAGGAUAACGAAAAGAGAAUAG